GGCGGCUGGCCGGGCGGAGGGCGGGGGCGGCCCGGAGCCAUCCAUCGCCGCGGCAGGCAGUCCUCUCCCUCCCUCCGGAGCGCGGGCUGCGCCGCCCGAGCCGCGGGGCGAGGACGCACUGGCCGCGGCGCCCGGGCAUGCAGCCCCGGAGCGGGCGGCGCACCCCGGGCCGCCGCUGAGCCCCAGGCGCCUCCCGCCCGCCGCCCUCCGCGCCCCGGGGCGCCCCGGCACCCCCGCUCCGCCCAUGCGGCCGCCAAGGGAGAGGCUAGUGGUCACAGGCCGAGCUGGAUGGAUGGGUAUGGGGAGAGGGGCAGCACCGUCAUCAUCAGCCCUGGGAUUCUGGCCGACCCUCGCCUUCCUCCUCUGCAGCUUCCCCGCAGCCGCCUCCCCCUGCAAGAUCCUCAAGUGCAACUCUGACUUCUGGAGCGCCACGGCGGGCGGCCCCUCGCCGGCCUCCUCGGACGACCCGGCGCCCGAGUUCUGCGCGGCCCUGCGCACCUACGCGCUGUGCACGCGGCGCACGGCGCGCACCUGCCGCGGCGACCUGGCCUACCACUCGGCCGUCCAUGGCAUCGAGGACCUCAUGGGCCAGCACAACUGCUCCCGGGAGGGCCCCACGGCGCCGCCGCGCCCGCGCACGCCGCCCGCGCCGCCGCCCGCCGCGCCCGCGGGGCCCGGGGACAGCCAGGAGCGCGCCGACAGCCCCGAGGUGUGCCACUACGAGCAGCGCAGCGGCCCCCGGCGCGCCAACUACACGCACUGCGGCCUGUUCGGGGACCCGCACCUGCGCACCUUCACCGACCGCUUCCAGACCUGCAAGGUGCAGGGCGCCUGGCCGCUCAUCGACAACAACUACCUGAACGUGCAGGUCACCAACACGCCCGUGCUGCCCGGCUCGGCCGCCACCGCCACCAGCAAGCUCACCAUCAUCUUCAAGAACUUCCCGGAGUGCGUGGACCAGAAGGUGUACCAGGCGGAGAUGGACGAGCUGCCGGCCGCCUUCGCCGACGGCUCCCGCAACGGCGGCGACCAGCACGGCGCCAACAGCCUGCGCAUCACCGAGAAGGUGUCGGGCCGCCACGUGGAGAUCCAGGCGCGCUACAUCGGCACCACCAUCGUGGUGCGCCAGGUGGGCCGCUACCUCACCUUCGCCGUGCGCAUGCCCGAGGAGGUGGUGCGCGCCGAGGAGGAGCAGGGCGGCGGCCAGGGCCUCUACCUCUGCCUGCGCGGCUGCCCCCGGAGCCAGCAGAUCGACGUCCAGCCCCUCGGGGGGCCGCCGGGGGCCGCGGCCGGCUCUGCGCCUGCGCCUGCCGCUGCCGCAGCCCCAGACACCUUCCCCUACGAGACGGCCGCGGCCAAGUGCAAGGAGCGGCUGCCGGUGGAGGACCUGUACUACCAGGCCUGCGUCUUCGACCUGCUCACCACGGGCGACGCCAACUUCACGCUGGCCGCCUACUACGCGCUGGAGGACGUCAAGAUGCUGCACUCGGACAAGGACAAGCUGCAUCUGUACGACAGGACGCAGGAGGCCCCCGGCCGGGCGGCCGCGGCCAUGGGGCCGAUCCCGGCCUCCCGGCUGCUCCUGGGAGGCCUCCUGCUCCUGGGCCUGCUGCUCCCCGUGCUCCCCGGGGCCCCGGCUGCCUAGGAGGAGGGAGAGCCAGGCCCCUGCAGGAGGGCCGGGCUUCCCCCCGCCCCCCCCAACCCCCGGUCGCCUGGCCGGUGAGCGUGGGGCGCUGACUCGGGCUGCUGCUGCUGCUGCUGCUGCUGGGGCUGGGGCUGGGGCUGGGGCUGGGGCUUGGGGGGCCCCCUCGCCCUCCCAACGGGCUGUGGUGGCCCGCUGGUGCUGGACAGUGCGGCUGAGUGAUAGGAGGAGCCGCCCCCCCCUGCCCUGCCCGCCCCACCACGGACACGGGGGAGGUCACGGCAGCGCCCCGCGAUGCACUGAACGCCCCGCGAUUGCUGCACGCACACUCACACGAGCACACUCGCGCACACUGAGCCGGCCGGGCCCACAGGCAGGGGGCCGCUCCCCCACCUUUCCCCCGGGGUCCCCGGGGUCCCCCCGCCCCCCCCGGACGGUGCGUGUUGGCACGUGCUCAGAGCGAUGCCACUCACGGGCUUGGAUGCCCUUAUCUGGUCCCUCCCCCCUCCCUGUGUCCCUCUCCCCCACCCCACCCCCCCCACUGUGCUUAGGAAGUCGAGUUGAGUUUCUAAACGUCCACACACACACAGAACUAACUACCCUUUGACUAAUGAUCCUUCCCGCCCAGCAGGUGGCAGGGGGCUGGGGGCGCGGGGCCCCUGGGGGGGACGGGGCCGGCUGGCCUGCCCUGACCCUCUGCCCGCCGCUCCCCUCUCCUCCGUCCACCCCGGUCUGCAUCCCGCACCCGGGGCCCUUCCCCUGAGCCUCUGGGCCACACAGCCUGGGAGACCUCCGGCUGGGAGCCCAGACCGGUUCUCCCCUCUGCUGCUGCUCCAGGGACCCCCGCCCGCCCGCCCGACCGCCCGUCCGUCCUCCGGGCUCCUCUGGCCAAGGUGCUGCCGGGCCCCGGGGGCGGGAAGGGGGGUAUCCUGCCAGGCGCCCCGCGGCCCCCCCGCCCGCCCCCUGCUGUCCCGGGACCUCUCAUACACUGGUCCAGGAGGCUGCGGACCCGUCCCGCCUCCCCCUCCGAGGUCCCCUCUCUGCCAACCCCCCUCCCCCCCCCCCCCGGCGGGCGGGCAGGGGGGCAGGAGGCCCCGCUGGCCCUCACACAGCCCCUGCGCUGGAAGGAAGAAGUGAAGCACUUUAUUUUGGGUUGUGUUUGCUCUCGCGUUCUGCUUGGAAGCGGGGACACCCAUUCCCCCCCCACCCACCCACCCACCCACCCACCUCCUCGCCGUGUCCCCGUGUCCGCGGCCUGUACAUACUGUAAA